AUGUGGAGAAACAUCGCGGCCAGAGCCGCUUUGAGAAAGAUCAAACCUUUCUCCGAUCCCACCUCCGGAAACAGAAUCCACACCCUCCUUUCAUCAACUGAUCUCGUGGGCAACGCUCAAAACCGAUCCUCCACAAACCCAAUUCACGAAUUGGGAAGAGCAACCUCUGUUCUUCACGAUCCCCGUUCUCCCUUCACAGACUUCGCCACAGCUGCACAAACCAUCGAACCCACUAACCCAGAAGACGAUUCCUCAUCCGGGUCCGAAGAACUCAACGAACUAACGAUCAAAUCAGAGAAGAAAACAGAGACAAUCCGCCAAAAACCGAAACUUUUAGCGAAACAGUCAAAGUACAAUUCUCUGAAACAGAGACAAGUGAAGCUCGAGACGGAGGAAUGGGAAAGAGUUGCGAGAGAGUGUCGUGAGAUUAUAGAAGAUAUGUGCGAGCAGAAGCUUGCUCCGAACCUUCCUUACGUGAAGUCUCUGUUUUUAGGGUGGUUUGAGCCUCUGCGAGAUGCGAUUCAAUCUGAUCUUGAUGCGUUUAGAGUUAAGAGAGGGAAGAUCCCUUAUGCUCCUUAUAUGGAGCAGUUGCCUGCUGAUAUGAUGGCUGUUAUCACUAUGCAUAAGAUGAUGGCGCUUUUGAUGACUAAUGCUGAAGGUGUUGGUGUUGUUAGGGUGGUUAAUGCUGCUACUAAUGUUGGGGAAGCUAUUGAGCAGGAGGCCAGGAUCAACAGCUUUAUGCAGAAAGGUAAGAAGACGGUCAAUGAUGAUACAGAAGCUGUGGAUGCUUCAGGAGGGACUGAGACUAAAGAAGCGGUGAAGCUGAAGAAGCAAAUUAACACACUGUUGAAAAAACAUAAGGUGAGGCGAGUAAGUGGAAUAGUGAAGGCACAUGACUCGUUUAAGCCAUGGGGUCAAGAGGCUCAAGUGAAGGUUGGGGCACGUUUGAUUCAGUUGUUGUUGGAAACUGCUUAUAUACAACCUCCAGUAGAACAGUUUGAGGAUGGUCCACCAGAGAUCCGACCUGCUUUUAAGCAAUCUUCCAAAAAUGUGACAUUAGAAAAUACAAAAUUAAGUAGGAGAUAUGGUUGCAUCGAAUGUGAUCCUUUGAUCCGAAAGGGCCUUGACAAAUCAGCUAGACAUAUGGUCAUUCCCUACUUGCCAAUGCUAGUACCUCCUCGGAAUUGGACAGGGUAUGAUCAAGGGGCAUAUUUUUUCCUGCCUUCAUACAUCAUGAAAACCAAUGGAUCUAAACAACAACGUGUUGCAGUAAAACAAACUCCCAAGGCGCAACUGGAGCCAGUAUUCAAGGCGUUAGAUACUCUUGGAAACACAAAAUGGAGAAUAAACAAAAAGGUGUUAAGCUUGGUGGACAGAAUCUGGGCCAAUGGAGGUCGUCUUGGUGGUCUGGUUGACCGUGAUGACGUACCCAUUCCAGAGGAGCCCGACAGUGAGGACCAGGAAAAAGUAAAGCAAUGGAAAUGGAAAUUUAAGGAAGCAAAAAAGGAGAACAGCGAGAGACAUUCACAAAGGUGUGAUGUAGAGCUCAAACUUGAGGUGGCACGUAAAAUGAAGGACGAAGAAGGUUUCUACUUCCCUCACAACGUUGACUUUCGUGGCAGAGCGUAUCCCAUGCACCCAUAUCUUCAGCAUCUCGGGUCUGAUCUCUGCCGUGGCAUCCUUGAGUUUUGUGAGGGAAAGCCUCUUGGGAAAUCAGGAUUGCGGUGGCUGAAGAUACAAAUAGCAAACUUAUAUGCUGGUGGUGUUGAUAAGUUUGCUACUGAGGAUCGAGUUGCAUUUACCGAGAGUCACUUAGAAGAUAUAUUUGAUUCUUCUGAUAGACCUCUUGAAGGGAAAAGAUGGUGGCUUAAUGCAGAGGAUCCCUUUCAGUGUUUGGCUGCUUGCAUGAACCUUUCAGAAGCUUUGAGAAGCCCUUUUCCUGAAGCAGCUAUAUCUCAUAUCCCCAUCCACCAGGAUGGCUCAUGUAAUGGUUUACAACAUUAUGCUGCUCUUGGGAGGGAUGAGUUAUUUAAUUGGUUCUGUUCAUCGACUGGAGCAGCUGCUGUCAACCUCUUUAGAGGUGAAAAGCCGGCUGAUAUAUAUACAGAUAUUGCUGCUAGGGUUCUCAAGAUCAUGCAGCAAGAUGCAGAGGAAGAUCCUGAAACGUUUCCCUAUGCCAAGCUCAUGCUUGACCAGGUUGACAGGAAUCUGGUAAAACAGACUGUCAUGACGACAGUGUAUGGUGUUACUUACAGUGGCGCACGUAACCAAAUUAAGAAGAGGUUAAAAGAGCGUGGUGCCUUUGCUGACGAUUCUCAAAACUUUCAUGCAGCUUGUUAUGCAGCAAGUGUCACUACUAACGCACUGGGAGAGAUGUUUGGAGCUGCUAGAGCCAUUCAGUUUUGGUUUGGUAAAUGUGCAAAGCUAAUAGCUUCACAAAACAAAGCAGUUUGUUGGACGACUCCUCUUGGACUUCCAGUUGUACAACCCUAUCGCCAACCUGGAAGACACUUGGUUAAGACUACCCUUCAGGUGUUGACUAUACAACGAGAUACUGAAAAGGUCAAGGCAAGGAAACAAAUGACAGCUUUGGCACCAAACUUUGUACAUUCCCUUGAUGCAUCUCACAUGAUGAUGACAGCAAUCGCUUGCAACAAGGCCGGUUUGAGUUUUGCAGGGGUGCAUGACUCAUUCUGGACGCAUGCAAGUGAUGUUGAUCUAAUGAACAAAAUACUCAGAGAGAAGUUUGUUGAGCUCUACGACAAGCCAGUCUUGGAAAAUCUGUUGGAGAGUUUCCAGAAGUCCUUCCCAAGCCUAAAGUUUCCACCACUGCCAGAACGAGGCGACUUUGAUCUAAGAGAGGUCUUACGGUCGCCAUACUUCUUCAGUUAAUUAGUUGCAGCACAUUCAGGUCACUUACAUAAUAGAAGCUCCAGCUUGCCUCUUUGUGCCAAUAAUAAUAGCCACAUUGAUCAAAGAGUAAAGAUUAUUUGCAAUCAGCAAUGAGGAAUGCUGAUGCUUAGGGUUACUUGUAAAUAAGAAAGGAAGAAGAGUGUUUCACAUCUUGGCAACAGGGAAGGCGUUGGAUCGGAGUAUCGAACCAGUGGCACCCCAGAGUAGUGGUCUUAGUAGACUCGAAAUCAGUAGGCUUUUUAUUUUGAAUAACAAGAAUUUGUAAAUACUUUAUUUCUAAUAAAACUCCCAGAAUCGUAGGAUCGGC